AUGGAGAGGAAGUCUGGCAAACUUCUGGAGGAAGCUGAUCUCUCUCCCGAAACCCAAAAAAUCCUUAGUCUCCGAGAAUUCUUCUCUCCCAGACUUUACUGUCUCCCAAAGAUUCACAAAGAGACUAUCCCUCUUCGUCCAAUACUGAGCAAUAUUGGUGCCCCCACGUACCAAUUAGCUCGCUAUCUGACCAAACCACUCCAAGCCCUCGUGGGUCAGAAUAGUUCCCACAUCAAAAACUCCCAAAACUUCGUGAACAAAGUGUCUCACAUUCAAUCUAGUCCAGGAGAUCUUUUGCUUAGCACUGAUGUGGAGUCUUUGUUCACGAAUGUACCCAUUCCCGACACUCUUAACAUUAUCAAAAAAUCCCGAAAAAUUCCACCCAAACUCCUCCCUCUGGUUGAACACUACCUGACUUCCACUUAUUUCCAAUUCCAAGGGGACUUCUAUGAACAAACAUUCGGAGCAGCAAUGGGUUCACCCAUUUCUCCCAUCAUAGCAAACAUUUCUACGGAAAAUUUCGAAAACAAAGUUCUUAAAUCAGCUCCUCUUAAAUCCGACGACACUUUCAUCCUGUGGAAACAUGGAGCAGACAUGUUGCCUCAAUUCCUGAAUUUUAUAAACUCACAACAUCCGAGCAUAAAAUUCACAAUGGGGAUUGAGGAACAGAAGUCUCCUCCCUUCCUAGAUGUCCUAGUGUAUCGUACUGAGGACGGAAGGCUUGGUCACCGAGUCUAUCGAAAUCCUACACAUACAGACAGAUACCUCCAUGCCUCCUCACACCAUCAACCUUCUCAAAAGAACUCGGUGAUAAGCUCUCUUAUGUACCGAGCUCUCACUAUUUCCCAGCCUGAAUACCUGGAAGCCGAAGUUCAACACCUGGAUAAAGUAUUGAAUAACAAUGGAUAUCAGAGCAAACAAGUCUACCGUGUUUUGCACACUCUGAAAAACAAGCACUCAGCUGAGAGUGAACCUGCUGAUAUAGUAGAAUAUCAAAAAACGGCUGCUCUCCCGUAUCUUCAAGGUAAGACCGAUCGCAUUAGCAAGGUACUACAGAAGCAUGACAUCAGGACAAUUUUCAAACCACCAACGAAUAUUGGACAAAUGCUCGCCAGUACUAAGGAUCGGAGACCACCACUUAGUCUCCCAGGGGUGUACAAAAUCCCUUCCUCUUGUGGGAAAGUCUACAUUGGUGCAACCGGGAGGAGGAUCAGUAUACGAUCUAGGAUCAAAGAACAUCAACGGUGUGCAAAAAAUGGCCAUAUCUCGCAAUCUGCGCUGGCUGAACAUUGGAUGGGCACUCGAUACUCUAUCCAAUAUGAUAAGAUAGAAAUGCUUGCCAGCUCACAAGGAUAUUUCGCCAGAAAACAUGGCGAAGUUUUCGAGAUCCAAAAACAUCCGAACAAUCUCAAUGGGGAUCGAGGAUACUAA